CACCCACUGCUGUCAAGUGGCUCAACAAGUUCAAAUCCAGUACUUAUAAGUUAUAUCACUUCCUUGCUCAACACCUAACCUCAUUAUUACCCAAAUAUGGCCAUGCAUUUCACUACCAUUGCCGCAUUAUUGCUCACAUUCUCCUCACUAAAUCUCGUCACACUACAAGAAAAACGGUCAUUUCCGACGGAUACUAAAAGCCUAGAAUCCUCGCAAUCUCUGCAUAUCCGAGCAGCUAGCGCAGCUUGUGAUGGCACAUUAUACUCUCAACUUUGCGUCUCAACUCUCUCCACAUUCCCCAACCUUCGCAAGAAAACCCUGCCGCAGAUCAUCUCCGCCGCGGUCAACCAGACCGUCGUCCAAGUCAAGGCCACCGCCUCCAACUCCUCCACCAUCCGUCGCAAAAUCCCCCACUUGGACGCCCGCGACAAGCGCGCACUCCAAGACUGCGUUGAGCUACUCAACAACACCGUCACCGAACUCAACGCAGCCGUCUCUGAUCUCUCCUCCAACAAAUCUUCUUCCAAGCACUACUACGACUUGCAAACGCUCCUCAGCGGCGCAAUGACGAAUCAGUACACGUGUCUCGACGGUUUCGCUUAUAGUGACUCGAAUGUUCGUAGCUACAUCGAGGAUUCGAUAACGGAAAUCUCGCGCCAUGUCAGCAAUUCACUGGCGAUGGUGACGAAGAUCAAGGAAGCUUCGAGAAACGAAGUGUUUCCGGGGUAUGGGAGAGUGGAGGGAGGCCAUCCGAUGUGGCUUUCGAGAGAGGAUAAGGCGAUGGUGGAUGCAACUACGGAGGUUAAAUAUGAUCUAGUGGUUGCGAAAGAUGGGAGUGGGAAUUUUACGACGAUCGGGGAGGCGGUGGCCGCGGCCCCCGAUCGUAGUACUAAAAGGUUUGUGAUACAUGUGAAAGCAGGGGCUUAUUAUGAGUAUGUUGAGGUGGAGAGUAAGAAGACGAUGUUGAUGUUGGUUGGAGAUGGGAUUGGGAAGACACUCGUCAAGGGUAAUCGGAGUGUUGUUGAUGGCUGGACCACGUUUCGAUCUGCUACGGUUGCUGUAGUGGGAAAUGGAUUCAUAGCCAAAGGAAUCACAUUCGAAAACUAUGCUGGACCAAGCAAACACCAAGCAGUGGCGCUACGAAGCGGAUCAGAUCUCUCAGCAUUUUACCAAUGCAGCUUCGUAGGCUACCAAGACACCCUCUACGUCCACUCCCUACGACAAUUUUAUCGCGAAUGUGACGUGUAUGGCACCGUCGAUUUCAUAUUUGGCAACGCGGCUGUCGUGUUCCAGAACUGCGCUCUCUAUGCUCGUAAACCAAAUGAGAAUCAGAAAAACAUUUUCACGGCACAAGGAAGGGAAGACCCUAACCAGAACACUGGAAUUUCAAUCAUCAACUCGAAACUUGCUGCCGCUGUUGAUUUAAUUCCCGUGCAAUCUUCGUUCAAAUCGUAUAUUGGACGUCCCUGGAAAUUAAAUUCCAGAACAAUUAUUAUUCGGUCGAACAUAGGUGAUUUAAUUGAGCCUGCGGGGUGGUUAGAAUGGGACGGGGAUUUUGCAUUGUCUACUCUGUACUACGGGGAGUAUUCGAACCGAGGUCCGGGUUCGAAUACAAGUAGCAGAGUGACAUGGCCUGGUUACAGAGUCAUCACAAAUGCAACUGAGGCUAGCCAAUUUAGCGUUGGAAAUUUUAUACAAGGUGGAGAGUGGCUAAAUUCUACUAGUGUUCCGUUCUUUCUUGGUUUGAGCUGAUUGUUAAUGCCUCAUUUGUAUUGACUUCACUUGUUGUAGUCCCAGUUCAGUAGUUCAGCCAAGACCAAGUAAUAAGAAUAAUAUCCGGGGUCUGGGACACCUUUACAGUAUUUACAUAUCUCAACUAUAU